AUGGGUUUGGGGGAGAAAGGCCAUGGCCCACAAGGCCUUGGUGGUUGUAAGGUGAAAGUUGUGUUAAAGGUGGAAGUACAUGAAGACAAAAUCAAGAAAAAAGCUAUGAAGACUGUCUCUGGCACUGCAGGUGUUGAGUCUGUUUCUGUGGAUAUGAAAGACAAGAAAUGGACCUUAAUAGGGGACAUUGAUCCAGUACAAGUAGUUGCCAAGCUAAGGAAGUUUAGCAACACAGAAAUAGUUUCGGUUGGCCCAGCAAAAGAGGAAAAGAAGCAAGAACCUAAAAAGGAUGAUAAAAAGAUGGAAGAUGGCAGGAAAGAUUCAACAAAAGGAAAAAUGCCAGAUCCACUCACUGUCUAUCAAACAUCUAUUGAAAAAAAAGUUGUGUUGAAGGUGGAAGUACAUGAAGACAAAAUCAAGAAAAAAGCUAUGAAGACUGUCUCUGGCAUUGCAGGUGUUGAGUCUGUUUCUAUGGACAUGAAAGAUCAGAAAUUGACCUUAACUGGGGACAUUGAUGCAGUACGAGUAGUAGCUAAGCUAAGGAAGUUUUGUCACACAGAAAUAGUUUCUGUUGGACCAGCAAAAGAGGAAAAGAAGGAAGAACCUAAAAAGGAUGAUAAAAAGAAGGACGAUGACAAGAAAGAUUCUAAAAAAGAAAUCGUCCCAGAUCCACUCAAGUUCUAUCAAAACUAUGCCUACUAUUAUCAGACGAAACCACAAUACAAUCCGUAUUACAGUGCCAUAAGUGUGGAAGAGGAUCCUAAUGGCUGUGUCAUUGUCUAA